AUGAAUGCGAGUUGGCCAGAGGUGCUAGGACGACAGGAGGACAAGAAUCUACAAGACAUCACCAUGGUCCAUAUACAAGCCGUCGUUAUUCUCGCUGUAGUUGGAACAGCCCUGUGUCUACCCCAAAGGUUCGUCCCCACACUCUCGAGGAGUUACGAUUCCGAUCCGUCCGGAGUGUAUAGAUCAAGUUUCCAGACCGGGGAUGGAGCCCUAGUCCAGGAGAGCGGGUUCCUCAGACCAACCAAUGACCGCACCGGCGUCGUCGUAGGCAAGUCGGGGAGCUUCGCCUACACUUCCCCCGAGGGUAAACCAGUCAGUGUCUCCUACACAGCUGACGAAUACGGCUUCCACCCCGUCGGUGACGUCCUCCCUGUCGCACCCCCGGCAAACCCACCCAGCCAGCAGACCUUCUAGAUCUUUAUUGUUUUGUUAAGUUUGUAAAAUAAAAUGUCUUAAGUAUUUUUUUGUUUCUAUGAGACUAUGCUUGGAUCUUUGCAAUGUUGGAGGGCCUGAGUGGUAUAGCGUGGGGAUUCUGUUCCUGAGGUCUUAGGUUCACGUCCUGCCAAUCACCAAUGUAUCGUGUUUAAAACUGCUUCUAGAAUGCGAAGGUAGCAUAUACAAAUCUCACGGUGCCUUACGGUGGAAGUCACAGACAAUGUGGAUUAGGCAUUUUA